AUGAGUCAAAAUACGCCCUCCACCGGGGAGUCUACUCCGACCGUGGACCAAAUCCCGUCAGAGCCGUUGAACAUCCUUGCUCAAAGCAUGACUACUCUAGUCAGGAAGAUUCAGGAUCUUCGACACCUUGGAAUUGAAGAUUCCCAUAUUACUCUUCCUAAGAUUUGCGUCAUUGGAGAUCAAAGCACAGGCAAGAGCUCGCUGAUCGAAGGCAUGAGUGAGAUCAAGGUUCCGAGAAGCUCUGGGACCUGCACACGUUGUCCCAUGGAGAUCAACCUUUCUGGCAGUAAACGGGGUGAGCCAUGGACAUGCCACGUGUAUCUGUCCCGCAAAUACAUGUACGACGGGUCGGGAAAGACGAUAAGGUCGAGGAAGUCUCAUUCGUUGGGGCCAUGGGUCGAGAUGGAGCAAGAGGAUGAACUAUUUACCACCAUCACGGACAGGGCCCAAAUCGCAGAAGCAAUCAGAUGUGCGCAACUCGCAAUUCUAAAUCCUGGACGAGCUCCAGCAAAUUACCUACCGAGGAGGAAUAUUGGAGUCGAAAAUCUUGACUUUCAAGAAAAGUUUUCCCCAAAUAUAGUUCGGCUGGACAUAUCAGCACCUGGGUUUCCAAGUCUCUCGUUCUACGAUCUACCUGGCGUCAUCAAUCAGGUCGAGUCCGACGAAGACCACCAUCUGAUCAAGCUUGUCGAGAACCUGGUGAAACGUUACAUUAGUCAGGAUAACUGCAUCGUUCUCCUGACUCUUCCCAUGACAAAUGAUGUCGAGAACAGCAGCGCCGCUCGAAUUAUGAAUGGCAUCCGUGGAGCAAAGGAUAGGGCCGUGGGCGUACUCACCAAGCCUGACCGCGUCCAGCCCGGAGAGUCGUUCACCCAGUGGCUCAAGAUCCUGGAAGGAAAUAAGUUCAGCUAUGAUCACGGAUACUACGUUGUUAAAAACAAUCAUGAUCCCUCAGUCGAGCACUCGGUGGCUAGGCAAGAGGAAGACGACUUCUUCAGGUCCUCUCCAUGUUUUGCCGACCUCGUGGCAUAUCGCAACAGAUUUGGGACGCGCAACCUACAGACAGCUUUGUCUGAACUUCUAUUUCAGCAAAUCCAGGCAUGUCUUCCUCGCAUCAUUGACGAGAUCAAGAAGAAGGCCGAACACAUCGACCAAGAACUCUCUAGGCUCGCCGCUCCGCCCUCUGGUAACGUUCCAUUCAUUCUGUGCAAGAAGCUUCACAUGUUCAAGGACAAAGUUCACAGUCAGAUUGAUGGGGGUUCCCGGCAGUACCCCUUGCAAAAGCUCUGGAACAACAUUGCAGAGGAUUUCAAGCUUGCUUUGGUCAUGACACGCCCGACUGUGAAACUGGUGGCAGAACUUGAUGAACAGGCAAUGGAUAUUGACCGCGAUGAUGACGACUCUGAAUGCAAAAUUGUGAAAUUUUCUACAAAACGCAAGCUGUCUGAUGACUCGCCCGGUCCGUCGUCUUCUACUGUCGCAGACGGAGCAAAGAAAUCCCCAAAGUACCAUACUGAGCACUUUGCUCGUUUCAAAGACCCUGCGUGCAUGUUCAAAUGGGAAGUCAUAAGAGAGUUAAACGAGGACUCCGCGAGCGCUGGAAUACCCAAGCUCAUCAACCCAAAGGCCAUUAACGAAUUGAAUAAGAUGAGUGUUGCUCAUUGGCGAUGCCCAAUGAUGAUCUUCAUCGAUGAGAGUCACAAACUUGCUAAGAAGAUGAUCCUGCAUGAGAUGAAGGAGGUUUUUGUCGAAUAUAAUCAGACGGUGCUUUUCAGAGAACUAGAAAAGAUUAUCAAGACUUAUUUGCGGCAGCUAUAUGUUGAGCACGUCGCCCAUGUGGAGGAACUCUACGAGAUUGAGCAUCAACAGCCAUUCACCAUGGCCUACACUCAACUAGACCAAGCAACAGCAAACGCACGGAAGUUCCUAGAAUCUAAGCGGCUAGUCGCCCGAGAGAAUCUUUACCUUACCCUUCAAGGAUUCCCUAAGAACGAUCCGCGAAGGGAAAAUGAAAGGAAGAAACUUGGAGUUUCCGAACUAGGAGUUGACGAGUUUCGUCGUGAAGUGGAAAUGAUGGCGAAAACACGAGGUUACUAUGAAGUGGCCAGCACGAGAUUUGUCGAUUCUGUAUGUCAGACUGUACAUACAAAGCUUUUCUCUAAAUGCCGCGAGACUCUGGUCAAGACAAUUGAGAGCGAACUAGGAAUUGGUGAUGAGAAUGCCUCGGAGAGAUGUAACGAGCUCAUGUCUGAAGAUGUUGAGCGACAGCAGCGUCGGCAAUACUUCGAGAGGGAAAAGGAAAAGGUACUGAAGGCCCAAGAAUGGUUGAACACCGAGACUGGAACUGCCGACGAUGAAGACGAAGUGAUGGGGGACGAUGAACCCGAGGUGAAGACCGAGGCACACGACAGCUGGCACUAA